GGCCACGUUACACUACAAAAAAAUAAAUAAUAAUAAUAAUUUAAUUUCCUUAAUUUCCUCAUUAUGGUUUAGUCAUACAAACUUAAGACAUUUCUGUAGGCAUUGAUUUGACUGAAAAAUAAGCUGUUAAAAUGAUAAGGUUGCCACUCCUCUUUCUUCUACCUGAUGUUGGCAGGUGAGUUUAUUAAUUUAUUUUUGUAUUCUUUCAUUUAUUGGUUGACUGUUUCCUUAUUGCACUUACAUAAAAAAGUUUCAAUUUAGCAGAGAAUUGGUCAUGAUUUGUCAAAAACAUGUUGAGGCUGACAGUAAAUGAAUCUCAUUGUAAAACAAAACAUAAACACAAUGUUACUUUGUACUUUUAAUUGUGUCCUGGAGACCCCGUUUAAAACGCACCAGCAGAAUUAUUACACAAAAAAUAAAAGGCUCGUGCUGAUAAAUGACAAAUAGGCGCUCACUGCUUCCUUCUCCGGUCGUUUCACAGUGAUCCACAGAGACCUGCGUUGGUCAGUAAUGGACGAUAGCGUUUGAGCUCUCGCACAAGUCCCCCCACAAUCCGCCACCUUGAAUGAUGCCACUCCCACACCUGUCCUCAAGACCACGCAUCAACAAAGUCACAUGAAUGACGUUAGCGUGCCAUGCGCUAUACCAGCCACCCAGAAAGAAGACUGCUCAGUGGGAAAAGUCAUGGAACUGCCAGAGGACAAGAAUGGCCGUUCCUUUGUGGAGGUGAUGAGUGAAAAGUACAGCCCAGAAAACUUUCCAUACCGCAGAGGGCCUGGUAUGGGGGUGGUGGUGGUGCCUACUGCAGGUGUCCAAGGUUCCCCCAUGAAAGAUCGUCUGAAUCUGCCUAGUGUGUUGGUGUUGAAUUGCAGUGGAAUCAGCAGGGCAGGAGAGCAGGCUGAGAUUGCUGCAUUCUGCUCUCAUGUCAUGGAACUGGACCUCUCCCAUAACAAUCUGCAGGACUGGCAUGAGAUCAGAAAAAUCAUUUCUAACAUCCCCAACCUGGAGUUCCUCAACCUGAGCUCUAACCCGCUGGCAGGAACGACUCUAGAGCCAGAGUGCGCUGAAGCCUUUUCCCGGGUGCGACGCCUUGUCCUCAACAACACUCAAAUAUCCUGGGACACCGUACUGCAACUGACUCAACAGAUUCCUGAGCUGGAGGAAUUGUUUCUGUGCCUUAAUGAGUACAGUAGUGUGAGUGCCUCCAGUGUGGCCUGUCCCACUCUCCGCCUGCUACACAUCAAUGAUAACAACCUUCAUGAGUGGGCCGAAGUGCGCAAGUUUGGUCCCAUGUUCCCCGGCCUGGACACUCUGGUUAUGGCCAACAACAACUUGGCUUCCAUUGAGGACAGCAAAGAAAUUCUCCAACGCCUCUUCCCCAACCUUCGCAGCAUCAACCUGAACAACUCAGGUCUCAACCGAUGGGAAGACAUCGAAAAGCUCAAUUUCUUCCCCAAGCUGGAGGAGGUCCGACUGCUGGGCAUCCCCUUACUGCAGACCUACACCAACGCCGAGCGCCGCAGCCUCAUGAUAGCACAGCUUCCCUCCGUAUCAGUGCUAAAUGGCAGCACUGUGACUGUUUGUGAACGAGAAGAUGCAGAGAGGUUCUUCAUCCGUUACCACUUAGACUACCCAGAGGAGGCGCUUCCAUGCAGGUAUCAUUCCCUUGUAACCAAGUAUGGAAAGCUGGAGCCACUUGCUGAGAUCAACCUUAAACCUCGCUACCGGGCCCAGGUGGAGGUACACUGUGAGGAGAAAGUAGAGCAGCUGAGUAUCCGUUUGGACCAAACAGUAGCCGAGCUGAAGAAAAAGUUGAAAACUGUCGUCCAACUUUCCACGAACAGCAUGAGGCUGUACUACAUUGACAAGUGCAGCGCCUUCGGACCGGAGGAAAUGAAGUACAACACCCGCGUCCUCCACUCCUACAGCAUCCAAGACGGUGAUGAACUACUGGUUGUACCCAAGAUCAAGUGAAGCGCUGGAAUCUAGCAAUCUGAAAACAAAGCGAAUGGAUAGAUUUUUGUUAAAUGGUUAAGUUAUACUGAAAAAUAAUCGGAAAACACACAUGUAACAUAAACAGCAUCCCACUUUUUGGACUAGAGGAAGACAGUAAAAUGCGUAAAAUACAAGAGGCACCGGAAAGGUGGAGAGCAGAUCUCAGUGGGCUGCUAGAUGGCUCUGAAAGACACAAAUAUUUGAUCAGAUUUGUUGAAGGGAAGCCACUGGAGUAAGCGGGCAAACCUGCCAGACGGUGGAACAGGCUGCGAAGGGAAACUUAAAGUCAGGUCGCAGCAUCAGUGAAGGGAAAUUUUUGCUGUACCAGCAAAACUUUGCUGCUGUUUUAAGUUCACGGCAUGUAUGAUAGCACCUCCAUAGGCCAGUAGCCAACAUCUGCUUACCCACCUGUUGCCAGAAUUGUGCUAACUAAUAACUGUGGUUUGCUGACUAUGUAAGAUGGAUUGCGGAUCUUCUAUGCACUUUGGCACAAUAUCAGGAAGUGCACAAGGUUGCAGGAGGAAAACGCCCUAAACACAGCUCCAUGCAGGAUUGGUUAUUAAAAUUCACAAACAAUUUUUGUAUGAGAUGAUUUUAUUACGAGGUUGUUUCUUUGGCCUGUUUCAGUGUAUAAAAACCAAGGUUAGAUAAUAUCACAUUUGGGGGGGGAUACUUUGAAAAGCAGGAAAACCUUUUAAAUAGCAUACAGUAAUUAAAUCAUUCAAAUUGAAGUCCUGAGAUCUGGAAUCUUCUAAGAAUGGUUCUAAAUUUCCGUCAAUCAUAUUGAAAAAUGACUGGUAUGCAAAUAUUUUGAGUGAAAGCAAAGGCCAAUCUUCCACAUUGAGAUUGUGUAACUUGCAUAAUAGACCAUGACUGACUCCCAUAUUAAUCACAAUUCAUGCUUGUAUGCUCGCUUCCUUCGAGAUUCAAAGUAACAUAAGAAUAUUUCUCAGCUGGAGAUGGAUGUCAAAGAAAAGUUGAUUACUGAGAGGGCUAACUUAUUCCACAAGUAAACAAAAUGUUUUCAGAAAGCGGAUUAUCAGAAACUGUAAAGAUGAAGUAAGACUGAAGGAGUUGAAUUUGCGUUUGUGUUCUCUCCCAGACUUGUCGCUCAUGAGAAAGCACAGCUGUGUGCACUGGUAGUCGGUCACAAAUGCCCCAAAGAGAGCCCCACAAAGCUGUCAGUCUGUUAUGCCCCCUGUUCACUUCUUUGUGGUGAAAGAUUUAACACAUAAAAAAGCACUUGGCACGACACCAAAAAACAGUCUCUUAGUGCAAGGCAUUUACAGAGCAUUUUCAUCAACUAAGAGAAUUGAUCAUGGCAGUUAUUUUCCAAUAGUUUUAAUUGUUUUUAGGCACCUUAAAAUGUGUUCUGCAUACCUUUUUUGACAGUUUGUUUAUAUCUUUAAAGGGCAUUGCCCAUGAUCCACAAACACAUGUCUUCAUUAGUAGUGUUAAUCUGUACUUUUGAUCUGCUCUCUUUACAGUGAACUAUUCCCUAAUGUUAGUAUUUCAUCUGCUGUUAUUUAGUCAGUGUAUUCGAGACAAAGAUACUGUCACUAAAGAAUUAUUAUUAUUACUUUCAUAUCUGACUGUAGGAGAGCUGAUGCUAGAUAUUUGGCUCUUUUGGAUUUUUCCUAUGGGAAAAACAGUUUAUAUUUCCAGCCACAAAGUUACACGAUGACAAACAAAAACAAACAAAAGUCUAUUUCAGUAGAAGCUCCAGUUUAUCAUCUGCACACGGAACACUCAGCUUAUUGUGCACAUGAUCUCUUAGGAAUGAAAUAUUCUUGCAAUUACAUACUUGAGAUAAUCAAAAGGUCUAAAUUAUGAUUUACCAAUUUUUUAUUCUAUUUAACUUCUAAUAUACUUGACAACAUAAUGCAGAACAUAUUAAGGCACAUCCAUGUAAAAUAGGGUACGCUCUCUCAGACUUCUAAGGCUUUCUGUAUCAGGACAAAUCAUUCAAAACUAGUAAAAAAUAUAUCAAACUAUUAUCAGUACUGAAAUAUAAAAUUACUAGAUUGUUAUUGAAUUAUUGUAUUUAUUAAAUGGACAUUAACAGUAGAUCAUGUCAGCUAGCAGAACCUCUAGCAGGGAGUUCAGACACACACACAGUAUUCAUUGGGCUGAGUUCUGGACUCUGACGGACCAUUCAAAUCCUCGAUUCUUUUUGCAAACUUCCUGCUGUAGAUCUGCUGCUGUGUUUGGAUCUUUGUCCUUUCUUUUCACCUGUGGGACAGAUGGCCUAACAUCUGACUCUGAAUGUUUUAGCAUCCAGAGGAGUUCACCGUGGUCUCGGCGACCGCAAACAAGCCAUACGUGUGUUCACUCGUGACCUUUAACCUUUAACGGAGGCCUGUCCUGAAUGUUUUUCACUUGUCAAUUAUCUUUUAGUUCUGCAGAGUCAUAGACGCCUCAUAAUGUGUCCUAGAAUAAUUGCCCAUAGCAAUUGGCUCUUAAGAUAAUUAAGAUCUUUCCCCCUCUCUGUCUGAAUGUUUUCAGCAGCAGUCUGCUAAAACCUUCUGCUUUAGUAGAGAUACUUACACUUAUUGAUAGUGGACUUUGUCAUUCAAAUCUCCAAUAUUCUGGGUUGGGAUUUUUCAAUGAAUGAUGGCACAGAGUCAUAUGUCAUGUAUCUUUUUUUAAUUGAAGUGAAUGUAUUUUCUUUGUAAAAUGCUUGUGAUCAUUCGCAGAUUGGUGGGACAGUGUUGGAUAGGAUUUAAAAGAGCUAAAAGCCUAUUCUCCCAUUCUAUCACAAUUGUACUCAGUGACUGUUGGUGUAGCAUGAACCAUAGCCAUAGCGCUCAGCAAAAACAAGCUCACACUAAAGCAGUGACGUCUGGACUCAUGUAUCGAGAGGAGGUGUCUGUAUUUAUCAACUGGCAUUUAUCCAGAGGCAGAACUGUUAUAUUUGGUUUUAUUUUAUAUAUUUUUUUGUUACAUUUCGCAAUUAAUGAUAUGCAUGCUAGAUAUUUAUUCAUUUGUCUAUUAUUUUUUCACGAUGUCCACGUUGAGAGUUGUCAAUAUGCCGACUUUGCUGCUUAUUGCAUCAGAUCUUAUAGCACAUAAAGCCCCUAUAACAGAUUCAAAAUUACCACAGUCUUUUUGAUAUAUGGUGGCAUUUCUGUAGUUUAAUUAUAUUGUAUUCUUUUUUAAUAUAUAGUGGCUAUUCUUUAAUACUUGGGAUGUUUCAUUACUGUGAAAGAGUAAACAGUAAAAUAAUAUCCUGCAGAAUUAGACUACGAGGCUUAGAAGCACAUUUUAUUUAUUGCUGAGCUGCUCUACAGGGCUUCAUCCAUCAUAGAUUUCAAAGCUUUCAAAGCAUUUUUCCUCAGUUGCCAAGAAUUGGGACGGAAGAGUGAUUGCUGCACGUAGUCCAAUCGGCAUGAAAUGGUUAGUUUAGCCCAGUAUAAAAUACAGGAGGUGGUGAGCCUCGCUCUGUCCACAUAGAUCGAUUCUACCUGCAAUCAACUGUUAAAAGUUCUAACAGUUACCAGUUACUGCCCAGCAUAAUAUCUACUAUGUAAUAGCAUAUCUGAUAAAGUAUCACCUGCCACACACUGCAGCUCUAAAGCCUUUGAUAGUUGUGUUAGCCGUAAGCACUCACAAGAUUUUGCCAUGUCUGAAAACGCUGGAAUAUAUCACUUGGACAUGGCAGCAAAGUGUUAGUGAAAGCAAUUUCUCAUGUAUUCUUCCCUGAGAGGAUAGCUUGCUCCAUUUCCUAUCGACACUCUUUAAGCCUCUGUGCUUUACCGAAGGGUGUCAAAUACAAUGAUGCUGUAAUGCUAAGUGUGGGAAGUUUCUUUAAACAACACUGUUCUGUUCAAACCCGGAAUUCUUGCUAGUUUUCAUUCAAUUAAAGCUCUAUAUCUUAAAUGAAUAGUUCUCAGAACACGAUGCUCUACAUCAGAGAAUCUUAUAAAAAACUAAAUCCAUAUUUGCUUUUCUGAAUACAUAAAAAAUACUUGUCUGAUCUACAAGAGCUCAUCGGGGUGUCUCUUAUUGUAAAUUUGAGUUGAUUAAAUGUGCAGUGUCUCCACAUCUACUUCGUCUUACACACCAGUAUUUAAGCUAAGCACUUCACCUAACUGUAUGUAACACAGAACUGCUCUUAACCGGCGAUGUUUGAAGAGUAAUGUUGUUUACGAGGAAUCUGUAUUAAGUCUUCAAAAGAUCAGGGGUCAUCGUUCUUGUGUUGGUGUAUGUAUGCGAAGAAAGAUGCGUCAUCAAAUGAUAAUAAAUGGCAGUCUCCCUC